UUUUUAAAAAAAAAAAAAAAAAACAAAAAAACAAAAAAAAAAUAAUUAAAAAUAAAUCAGGAAAUUUCUUAACAACCAUUCGUUAACCUCUAAGAUCUUUAAAAAAGAAAAAGUUUCUUCACAAAGGAAACGCAAUAAAAAUAAGAGGGAAAAACUAAAAUUUUCGUGCUCGCGUCGUCUUAACAAAAUUACGUAGCUAUAUACGAAUUCUACUACUACUACUACUACUACUACUUCUACUACGUUACUAUAACAUCUUCAGGUUGCAAGUCGACUCGUAACAUAUUGAUCGUGUACUUUGUGAUAUCUGUGAACAACUGGCGUGGAAAAAGAAGUAAAAUUUUCAAGAGCCAUUCUCAUGGCUCUUUCGCUAUUUGCUGCUCCUACAGCGCAUUACAAUAAUCUCAGUAACGAUUUCUCUGAUCUUUCAUUUUUAAUUGAUUCAUGUCCCCUAACAAAUUAUCAAAAUCACUCACAAACGCAACAAGCAAAAGUUGUAUUUAAAAAUCUCAGCGAAUCCGUUUCAAUGGAAUUUAAUAAUCAUAACAACAGCAGUCCUGCUCAUAGUCAUAAUAAUAGUAAUACCAAUAGCCCUUUACAACAACAGCAACAACAACAACAACAACAACAUCAUACAAUAUCACAAAAUAAUGGUAACAAUAAUAAUAAUAAUGGUAAUAAUAAUAGCAGCAGCAGCAGCAACAGCAGCAGUAGCAGCAGCAGCAACAGUAGCAGCAAUGGCAGCAACAAUAACAACCACAACCCCCACAACGGUCACACUGCAACAAAUACAACGCAGCAUACAAAUUACACGAAUCGUAAUUUAAUGAAUGGAUUUCAUUCGCAUCUCACUACUGAUUAUGAACAAGUGUUGACAUUUGUUGAUUCACCACCGAAUUCUGAGGAAUCCUGGCCAGACGAUCAAUCGAAGGGAUCACCAGGACCACAAAUAAUAAAUGUUCAAACGAUUUACACGAACAACAGCUCACGUAAAAGACGAAUGGAUUGGGAUUCACUCGACAUUGGCAGCAAUCAUGGGGAAAACUCUAUAAGCCAGCAUCAUACUGAUGAGUUAAUGAAUAAACUAACGCAGCAUCAGCAUCAUCAUCACACGCAGCAUCAACAACAGCAUAACACCGAAAAAGAGAAAUAUAAACGUGAAAAGUUAACCUGCGGUCGCUCUACCUGGAGUGACGAUUUGGGUUUCGAUUUAAAUGCCGACUUCAACACUAAUUCUUACAUUAACAAUGAAUCGUUUAUGCCAUUUUCACCGGGUUUAACGGUUUUAAAGCAAGAGCCGCAAACUGAGCAUUUGAAAAUUAGUAAGACAUCACUGAAUACUUUACAAAAUUCCGUUGGAAUAAAUGGUUCAAAAAAUGAAAAGAUCACUAAUCAACAGGAAUCAUCGUCUUCGUCAGCCAUAACCACAACGGCAAUACAAAAACAUAAAACGGAUCAUUGCGUUUGUAGUUCACCUCAAAAUAAUACUAACACUAAUGGACAAUUAGCGGAGGAGAAUGUUAAUCAAGAUAAGACUAAUAAUAUUCUUGAUCCCGGUCGUCUCAGUACGGGAAUACCACAUCAACUUUUGACCAUAGUUGGGAGCAGUAAAAUUGAACAAAAUGCUGCAUCUACUGGCAACACUGCUGCUAACACUGCUACUACAAAUCAUGGUGCAACUACAGCUGACACAACGACAAAUUCCUCCGUUAAUACCGAUGACUAUAAAUUUCAGUAUAUAUUAGCUGCGGCCACCUCGAUCGCCACAAAAAAUAAUGAGGACACUCUUACUUAUUUGAAUCAGGGCCAAAGCUAUGAGAUCAAAUUGAAAAAAAUUGGCGAUUUAUCAUUCUAUCGCGAUAAAAUAUUAAAGAGUGUCAUUAAGAUAUGUUUCCACGAACGUCGUUUACAAUUCAUGGAACGUGAGCAAAUGCAACAAUGGCAGGCUUCACGUCCCGGCGAACGGAUCAUUGAAGUCGAUGUUCCUCUAUCUUAUGGUCUCUGUCAUGUCAAUCAGUCAUUGAAUCCGAAUUAUUUAAAUACUGUGGAAAUUUUCUGGGAUCCCAUGAAAGAAGUUGGUGUUUACAUUAAAGUCAAUUGCAUAUCAACCGAGUUUACGCCAAAGAAACACGGCGGCGAAAAAGGUGUACCUUUUCGUUUGCAAAUAGAAACUUAUAUAGAAAAUACAAAUACUAAUACGACAAUUGGACCAAAGACGCCACCUACGCCGGCGCCGUUAUCGCCGCUACCAAUGGCGGCCGGUCAAUCGCCAACGCAGGUAGGUAAUAUAACACCCACUAGCAAUGGCUUACAAACAUUAGCUAAUGCACUUAACAUUGGGGGAGGUGCAAAUGGUGGUAGUGGUGCUAUAAAGCAGCCCAUACAUGCAGCCGCUUGUCAAAUUAAGGUUUUCAAAUUAAAAGGCGCUGAUCGCAAACAUAAACAAGAUCGAGAAAAAAUACAAAAACGUCCACAAUCGGAGCAAGAGAAAUUCCAACCCAGCUAUGAAUGCACGAUUAUGAACGACAUCGCUUUGGAAAUAUUAACACCAAACGCAGUAAAUGCAGCAGCAGCAGCAGCCGCAGCAGCAGCAGUAGCGGGGACAACUGGAAAUGGUUGCUUUAGUCCCGAAUAUAUGAAAAUUUGGCCAAACUCACCUGUUCAUAUGCCUAAAUAUGAUGGAAUACUGCCGUACACUGGAGCCUCUCCCAAUCCGAAUAACAAUAGUCCUAUAGCUAUUAAUAGUGUCUCAUCUACAAAUUCAUCAAAUCUGAAAUUAAUGGACACAAAUAUGGUUAUCAGUCAGCCAAUGAUUGCCGAUAUGGAAGAUUAUUCUAAUAAUAUCAAUAUUAUGCCGGAAUCUUCCCCGGCUCAAGUAAUACAAUGGUUAACCGAUCAUCGUUUAUCAGCAUAUCUCUCAACAUUUGCACAUUUUUCAGGAGCCGAUAUAAUGAGGAUGUCUAAGGAUGAUUUAAUUCAAAUAUGCGGUCUUGCAGAUGGCAUUCGCAUGUAUAACGUAUUACGAGCGAAAACCAUUUCUCCACGAUUAACAAUUUACGUCAGCUUGGAUGGCAACAGUUAUAAUGCCAUAUAUUUAAUUACAAAUACAGCAAAAGAAUUAUUGCAAAAACUCUUUAAAUUGCCCGGUUUUUAUGAUAUUGUAACGGCCAAGAGCACUACUACGAUGAAUGGUAAUGGCCUACUGGAAACAAAUGCUGGCAGUUUUAAUACGUGGAAUAUGCAUUCAAAGUAUUCGGGAAGCGGCUCAAAUAUUUUCAACGAUGUAAAUAAUAAAACUUUUAUUUACAUUUCGGGGCCCUCGGGAGUACAUGUGGCCGUAACUGAUGAAGUCUUAAAUAACGAAAUCAAAGACGGCAGUUUAUACGGCUUGGAAGUGCAAAAUGGGAAAGUUUUAAUGAAAUUAAUUAUUAAUAAUGAAAAGUAAUAAAUGUUAAAAGGA